AUGACAUUGUCUAGUCACGGCCAGCAUAACGCUCAGAAUGCUGCAAGCACACAAUCAAGCCAGAUUACUCGGAACACCACGAGUUAUUUUGCCACGACAUCGCGUGUCCGCGACGACACCUCUUCUUCUACUGUUACGCUCUCUGGCAACGGUGUUGCAGUCUCGGGAAGCCGCAGAGCUUCGCAAGCAGAAGAUUUGUCGGAAAAGCAUGCCCCUAUCGAUGUUGAUUCGACGCCGUCUUCUCCCUCCGCAAAUGCUCUAUCGCCGACGGAUAGCACUCACUUUGCACCCCUCAAGACCCAUGCCAGCAAUACCAAACGACCAGAGGCGCGCAGACAAGAGAGCAAUUUGACCGAAGAUGACCUUUUCCGAGUACUAUCUCGCCGUCGUACCAAUGCUACGCACCAGUCAGAUGCUGAGCAGCAAGAGGAACAGCAAGAGGUUGAACGCCUCAUGUCUCGGAUCUUUGGUCGAGCUCGGCAAGAACAGAGCGAGGAGGAAAAAACGCGGCACAGUGGAGUUGUUUUCCGCGAUCUCACGGUCAAAGGUGUCGGCCUCGGGGCCAGUUUACAGCCCACGAUUGGAGACAUCUUUCUCGGAUUCCCUCGCAAGAUCAAAAUGCUCUUCACUCGAGGGCCCAAGGCUGCAUUUGCAAAGCCUCCGGUUCGGGAGCUCAUCAGUCAUUUCGACGGUUGUGUACGCCCUGGAGAGCUUCUUCUUGUUCUUGGCCGUCCAGGCUCAGGAUGUAGCACUUUCCUCAAGGCCUUCUGCAAUCAAAGGGCAGGGUUCCAAGCCGUUGAAGGCGACGUCACUUAUGGCGGCGCCCCCGCUGAGGAGAUGAGCAAGAGGUUUCGCGGAGAAAUCAUCUACAACCCGGAAGACGAUCUCCACUAUCCAACCCUGACUGUAAAGAGAACCCUCAAUUUUGCACUGGAGACGAGAACCCCCGGAAAGGAGUCAAGACUUGAUGGUGAGAGUAGGAAGGAUUACAUUGAGGAGUUCAUGCGAGUUGCCACAAAGCUCUUCUGGAUCGAGCACACCUUGGGCACGAAGGUUGGAAACGAGUAUGUCAGAGGUGUGUCGGGUGGUGAAAGGAAGCGUGUCAGCAUUGCAGAGGCCAUGAUUACUCGUGCAUCCGUUCAAGGGUGGGACAAUUCAAGCAAAGGCCUCGAUGCGAGUACUGCCGUGGAGUACGUCCGAUCGAUUCGCGCUAUGACAAACAUGGCAGAGACAUCGACGGCCGUGUCCCUUUACCAAGCCGGCGAGUCUCUCUAUGACCUUGUGGAUAAAGUGCUUCUCAUCGACAAGGGGAAGUGCCUCUAUUUUGGGCCCUCCGAAUCCGCAAAGCAGUAUUUCAUCGAUCUCGGCUUCAAGUGCCCAGACCGAUGGACAACUGCAGACUUCCUCACUUCGGUGACCGACGAGCAUGAGCGCCACAUUCGAGAUGGCUACGAGUCCCGAAUUCCAAGAACCCCCGAGGAGUUUGAUUGGGCAUACAGAAAUAGCGAGGCCUACAGGAGGAACAUCCAGGACGUGGAAGAGUUUGAGUCUCAGCUUCAUCAGCAGGUUGAACACCGCCGACAGAACGAGUCAAAGAAGACCGAGACCAAGAACUACGAGAUCCCCUUUCACAAGCAGGUCAUCUACUGCACCAAACGCCAGUUCAUGGUCAUGGCUGGGGAUCGAGCGUCCCUUUUUGGCAAAUGGGGAGGGCUGGUGUUUCAAGGUCUCAUCGUGGGCAGUCUAUUCUACAACCUCCCGAACACCGCUGCUGGAGCAUUCCCCCGCGGAGGAACGUUGUUCUUCCUGCUUCUUUUCAACGCGUUGCUCGCACUGGCGGAACAGACGAGUGCCUUUGAGUCCAAGCCCAUUCUCCUCAAGCACAAGUCCUUCUCUUUCUAUCGCCCAGCAGCUUUCGCCAUUGCCCAAACCGUGGUGGAUGUACCACUCGUAUUCAUUCAGGUAAUUCUUUUCAACAUCAUCAUCUACUGGAUGUCCAACCUGGCACGGACUGCGUCACAAUUCUUCAUCGCCACACUGAUUCUCUGGCUGGUCACCAUGGUCACCUACGCUUUCUUCCGUGCCAUUUCAGCUUGGUGCAAGACCUUGGACGAUGCUACAAGGUUCACGGGUGUAUCUGUUCAGAUCGUCAUCGUCUAUACAGGCUACCUCAUCCCUCCCACUUCGAUGCGCCCCUGGUUUGGGUGGCUACGGUGGAUUAAUUGGAUCCAGUACGGCUUCGAGUGCCUCAUGUCUAAUGAGUUCUACGACCGAGAGCUCCAAUGCGUCCCGCCCUACCUCGUACCUCAGGGACCGAACGCUUCGUCGGCUUAUCAAGGCUGUGCGCUUGCCGGAAGCCCGCCAGGCCAGACGAUUGUACCCGGUUCGAGUUACAUCGAAGCUUCCUUCACCUAUUCUCGUUCGCACCUGUGGAGGAAUUUCGGUUUCCUGUGGGCCUUCUUCUUCGUUUUUGUAGCUCUCACAGCAUUGGGCAUGGAGCACAUGAAGCCGAACACUGGUGGUGGCGCCAUCACUGUCUUCAAGCGUGGACAAGUUCCCAAGAAAGUGGAGGACAGCAUCGCCGCUGGCGGGCGUAGCAAGAAGAAUGACGAGGAGUCAGGCGAAGCCAGCAACAGUACGCAGACGAUGACAGCGGACACUGCGAAGAAAGAGAAGAGUGACGAAGAUACCAUGAAGCAAGUGGCUCGGAAUGAAACGGUCUUUACCUUCCGCAACGUCAAAUACGUAAUACCUUUCGAGAAAGGAGAGCGCACGCUCCUGGACGAUGUUCAAGGAUACGUCCGCCCUGGAAAACUCACUGCACUCAUGGGUGCCUCCGGUGCUGGCAAGACAACUCUGCUGAAUGCCCUGGCUCAGCGCCUCACCUUUGGCAAAGUCACUGGAGAGUUUCUGGUCGAUUCUCGACCACUGCCCAAGUCCUUCCAAAGAGCAACUGGCUAUGCCGAGCAAAUGGACGUGCAUGAACCUUCAGCGACGGUCCGAGAAGCUCUCCAGUUCUCUGCGCUGUUGCGCCAGCCCCGAGAGGUCUCCAAGAAGGAGAAGUUUGAUUACUGCGAAACCAUCAUUGAUCUUCUCGAGAUGCGUGAUAUCGCCGGAGCGACGAUUGGCAAAGUCGGCGAAGGCCUAAAUGCGGAACAGCGUAAGAGGCUCACCAUUGGAGUGGAACUGGCAUCGAAGCCAGAGCUCCUCAUGUUCUUGGACGAGCCUACUUCAGGUUUGGACUCCGGCGCUGCUUUCAAUAUUGUCAGAUUUUUGCGCAAGUUGGCAGAUGCUGGCCAGGCUGUGCUAUGCACCAUUCACCAGCCAUCAGCCGUAUUGUUCGAGGAGUUUGACGAACUGUUGCUUCUCAAAGCUGGAGGGCGAGUUGCGUACCAUGGGCCGCUUGGACGCGAUAGCCAAGAACUGAUUCAAUAUUUCGAGUCAAACGGUGCUCACAAAUGUCCUCCAAGCAGCAAUCCAGCUGAGUACAUGCUCGAGGCAAUUGGUGCAGGUGACCCGAACUACAAAGGCAAGGACUGGGGAGAUGUCUGGGCGCAGUCGAAGCACAAGGAUGAGAGGUCCAGGGAGGUUGAUGAGAUGCUGGCUAGGAGAAAAGACGUUGAGCCCUCAAAGAGCCUCAAGGAUGACCGCGAAUACGCCAUGCCACUGACGACUCAGACUAUGGCGGUUGUCAAACGUUCGUUCACUGCGUACUGGCGCACGCCCAACUACAUUAUCGGGAAGUUCAUGUUGCACAUCCUGACAGGUCUCUUCAACUGCUUCACAUUCUACAAGAUUGGUUACGCGUCUGUCGACUACCAGAACCGGCUGUUCUCAAUCUUCAUGACUCUUACGAUCAGUCCCCCGCUCAUCCAGCAACUGCAGCCAGUCUUUCUGCAAUCCCGCCAAAUUUUCCAGUCGCGCGAGAACAACGCAAAGAUCUACAGCUGGUUUGCUUGGACGACAGCGGCAGUUCUCGUUGAGAUUCCCUACGCUAUUAUAGCCGGAGGCAUCUACUUCAACUGCUGGUGGUGGGGUGUAUUUGGAUGGCGUCUUCCCGCCUUCAACUCGGGCUUUGCAUUCCUCUUGGUCAUUCUCUUCGAGCUGUACUAUGUAAGUUUUGGCCAGGGCAUAGCUGCAUUCGCUCCCAAUGAGCUCCUUGCGUCUCUCUUGGUUCCCAUCUUCUUCCUCUUCGUCGUCAGUUUCUGCGCCUUCCUCGGAGUCGCCAUUCAUGAUCAACCUGUUCAGUGCGAGUCUGGCGAGUUUGCAAGAUACCAACCUCCUCCCAACCAGUCCUGCGAGGACUACACCGCGCCCUAUAUCCAGCAGGCUGGUGGAUACGUUCGGACUGGAGAUGGGGGCAUUUGCGAGUUCUGCCAGUAUGCGACGGGUGAUGAGUUCGGCGCAGGCUUCAGCGUUUACUACAGCAACAUCUGGCGUGACUUUGGCAUCUUCUGCGGGUUUAUCGUCUUUAAUUACGCCGUAGUCUAUGUCGGGACUUGGCUCAGGUUCAAGGGAAAGAACCCUUUCAAAAAGCUUAUGAUGAAGAAGAAGUAG